AUGGUCAAGCUUUCCGCUGCUGCAUUCACAGAAACUAACCCUGACGUUUCCAAAGCGUUGUUCAACGCCACCGCCUCAAUUGACGAGGCCAAGCUCCAGAAAAACGAAAUCCUCAUCACCGCUUUGGCACUUCCCAUCAAUCCAUCAGACAUCCUCCAGGUCCAGGGCUCCUACAAAACGCCAAUUUUGAAGCAGAAGCUCGGAAACGAGGACGACGAGCCUGAGGUGGCCGUUGGAGGAAAUGAAGGAUUGUUCAGGGUCACCGCAGUCGGGUCUUCUGAUUUGGGCUACUCCGAGGGCGACUGGGUCAUUCUCAAGUUGACGAGUUUCGGCACUUGGCGCUCCCAUGCCAUUGUCAGGGUCACUGACGACAACAAGGAUCCUUUGAUUGUGGUUCUGGGCGACCACGGCUCGAUUCCGAUCGGCGACGCUGCCACAAUUCUGACAAACCCUUCCACAGCGUACCAAUUGAUCCACAACUACAUCAAGGACUGGAACGCCGGCGAGUGGAUUGUCACCAAUGCAGGCAAUUCCUUUGUUAGCAAGUACUUGUUCCAGCUUGCCAAACACUACAAGCUCAACACGUUGGCUAUCAUCAGAAAGAAGCUGGAGGAGCAGUUCAAGGACACUGUGGAGGAGCUUUUGGACUUGGGAGCUACCAAGGUGAUUUCUGACACAGAAUUCACGGAAGAGUCGUUUGUUGCUGAGAAGCUCCCUAAAAUUGUCCGAGACGCUCCCGUCAGACUUGCCUUGGACUCUUUGGGUGGACCAACUACUCCAAACUUAGUGGCUUCCCUUUCGCCCAACAACUACUUUGUCAACUACGGCGGACUCGCUGGAGGCCUCGUUUCCUUUGACCCUCGGAUCCAAUUGGCCAAGAACGUCACUUUGAAGAGCUACUGGUUGACCAGAAAUACCAGGGAGAAUCCGCAGACCAAGGUAGACACAGUCAAGGCGUUGAUCGAAUUGUUCAAGCAGGGUGUUUUCAAACCUGUUUAUUACAACAAGGUGCCCUUUAAGUCCGGCGAUAAUCUCCGUGAUCUCUUCGUCAAGGCAAUCCAAGACUCGUCAAACGGUAAGCAGGUUGUGACCUUUGAGGAGCACUAUCCUUGA